AUGUCUCAAACUGUCACAACGCAGGCCGAACGAGGACUCUCUAUCGCUCACGAAGGCACCGAUGACCGCGACCGACCUUUGCCAGAGGUACCCGUCUUCGACAAUGCGACCGCCAUUGCUGAGCAGAUUGUUCAGGGUCUGAUCAAAGCCGGUGGUUGCGUUGUGAAGAGCAUUGUAUCUCCAGACGCUCUCGCUGAGAUCGAGAAGGACACGAGGCCCUACCUGGAUGCAGACACCGAGUGGUCCGGCGACUUCUUUCCUAAGGUACGCUGUACUGCGGAACGAAGUAUUGCGCGAACCUUCCAGCAGCAGCUAACAGCUGCAUCCGUUUUACUAGGAGACUCGUCGUGUCAAUGGCUUGGCCGCCAAAUCGAAGGCGUUCAUGCAAAGCAUCGUCCGCUACUCUCUGUAUCAAGAGGUAUGCAAGACGCUUCUUUCCAGUUCUGUGAAGAGUUGGUUGGGCGAAGAGGAGCGCAUUCCAAGUACUUCGAAACCGCAACUCAAUAACACAAUCAUCUUCUCGAUCGGGCCGGGCGCUCGUGCUCAGGGCUUGCACCGGGAUGACAUGAUACAUCACAACUUGACCAGGCGCAUGACUGCCGGAGACUACAAGAUUGGCCAAGACACCGGCAUUGGCUUCUUCGUUGGAGCAAAGAAGACCACGAGGCAGAAUGGGGCCACCCGGUUCAUUCCUGGCUCACACUUGUGGGAUGCCGAUACACCUCCGCGCGAGAGUCUCGCGCACUAUGCGGAGUUGGAACCGGGCGACGGGUUUAUCAUGCUGUCUUCUUGUUAUCAUGGUGGAUCCGCCAACACGACUGAGAACGAAGAGAGGCUGGUCUACAGCUGUUUCAUGACGAAAGGCUAUCUGCGACAGGUAUGUACUUGACCUUCCGACGUUGUACAAAACGCGUUGGCUAACUCUGCGCUCUCCCUAGGAAGAGAAUCAGUAUCUUAACAACGAUCGGGAGAAGCUGAGGGAGAUGUAUGCGGACGACGUCGACAUGCUGAAGUUAAUUGGUUAUGAUCUCAGUGCGCCUUUCUUGGGCUGGAUAGAAGGGGGCAACCCGAUUAGGGCUCUUCUGAAGGACCACGCGGCGAACGAGGACAUGUAUUGA